AUGCGUCGUUCACAUCAUACACUCGGGAUCGACCAAUAUCGCACACCGCCCCCCGUCAUUCGCUCCCCCGCCAGCGCGUCCACGUGGAAAUCGUCGCCGCCCCUCCCUCGACCUCGACGACACGGCGCUCUGAGCCCGGAAGGGACGGCUGGACGCGGAUGCGGGCGCGUCGGCGUGCACGGUCUCCCCUUGUUCGUGGCACGCCCCAAGACGAAGAGCGCGGCGGAACCCUGGGAGUUCACGACGAACCUGUGUGAGAGAGAGAGUGAGUGA